CCCAUUCAUGUCUUUAGGAGGACCCGGUUACCCUUUCGUCAAGCUUCCGGACUGAACAUUUAUAACACGUGUAAUUUAACUACAGUAGUAAUGGACCUAAGGAUUGUGCCUCGCUGACACAACUGCAUAAAAGAAUCUGAAGAAAACAUUGUUUCAGCGAGGUACAAUCCAGGUCUUUUACAUGGAGAGGACAAAAGGAAGUUUCAACAAGGUGUUGACUGUGGCUUCUGAGGAUGGCACAUCUUGUAGCAACAGUCACCAUGCUCCGGAGAGGACAUCAGAUGUUGAUGGCUGUAUGGGUGUUAGGCCUGAGAACAGCACUGCCGUACAGACUACAGACCCUGGUCCACUGUGCAAAGCUGUAGGAGCCACAAACCAUACUGAAUAUGACAGAUAUCCAGAUGACGUCAUCCAAGACAAAAAACUACAACCAGAAUCAACAUAUCAAAAUGACAGAAUUGAAGUGGAAACAGUUGAUGGUGGUGUUAUUGAUCUGGAGGAUUGCCCAGUUUUGGACUUGUCAGACUUGUCUACAGAACACUGUGAAUGGCCAGAGCUAAAGUGUGAGGGACAUUCCUCCCAUGCUGAAAGAAAAGAAAUUACAGCAUCUGAGCCUUUCAUUGAUAUACAUUCCCUUGAGCAGGACAGUGGUAUGAAACAGAAUAUUGAGGAUUGCAUCAUUGAAAGAAAUAAUCCAAUUAAUUUGACAUCUCCUAUUAGUCAGUCUUUAUUGUCUGAAAGUCAUUUUCACAAUUCAUUAACCAGUCCAGAUUCAUCAUUAGACAUGAUACACUCUACGUUUGAGAGUGGGGGACACAGAAGCAUCCAACUUGAUCUAGAAUCUUUUGAGCCAAAGAAUUAUAUGUUAAGUUCUGAAACAGAAUCCAUCAGACCUCUGUCAUCUUGCUGUGGAGUGUACCAAUGUGAAGAUUCAUGGAUAAACGGUACCUUAAGUAUGUCUGACUCUGGUCAGAAUGCAUCUGAUAUAUCGUUUGGAUCGUCAAGUAAUCUGUCAGAUGUGUCACAUCAGGAUAGGUUCAAAGAUGUCUUUCAAAAGGAGUUUAAACCUGAUAGUGGUUUUCUGAUGAAUUUUGAUUUUCAUUUAUCCCUCUCAAACAGCUGCUAUAAUUCAGGAAUUAUUUCUGGAGACAGAUCUUUUUUGAAGUCUCCAGGAGAAGAACUAAUUAAGGAUAUAGAAGACAAUACAAAAGGAGAAGAUGAAGAUGAUUUUAAUAAAGAAGCAACUGAUGAUCAGACAUUUUUUGAAUCCCCGAAAAAAUCCAAGGAAAGCAGAAAAAGAUAUCUUUAUACUUUAGUCACAGAAAACAGUGAUUCAUGUGAAGACCAGAAUACUUCACAUGGUCAGGAUAACACUGUCAGAACCAGGUUUUUCUCAGUCAGUGGAGUUCAUCAUAUCAUGUUUUACAUCAUCCACCUAAGAACUGGACAGAAAGCUGUCAUCACAUUCCAUGAUCUGGAAGUCAUUCAGGAUUACCCAGGGAAGACUUUCUGUACACUUAAAUCAUUUAAGUUACAGAGAGGUUUGUGGUUAUUGCACCACCUAGAACGGCUUGGGUUUUUGACUUUACAUAAAAUACUUCCAACUGUAGGUAUUUUGGAACCAGCUCUUCAUGGACUAGGUGGUUAUUUCCAGCAGAUGGAGCAGGGUCAACAGGUUACCGUACUGGACAGCAUGCAGUAUGAAUGGAUGCGUGUAAGGAGCUUCUGGUCAUUCCCAAGGAAUGCUGGAGUUUCCUACCUACAUUUAGCAAGGGUAGGCUUUUUCUACACAGGAAGAGUAUCCGAGACUCGCUGCUAUAGUUGUGGGAAGACAUACCGAGAAUGGAAGGGAAGGAGAUGACCCUGUUGAAAUUCACCGACGGCUAUCUCCAGAUUGUCCCCACCUAAAUGGAAGGGAAGCUCUAAACAGACCCAUUUAUCCAGAUAUCAAUGAACAGUGGCCUGCCAUACCUUGGGAACCACUCCAGGAUGGGGCAGAAGGGCCUCUAGCUGAGGAGGAGCCAGCAGCCCUGGUAGGAGCAGAGUUGUCAGAAACUGAAACAAUUUUAGAUGAAAGAAGCCAGCAUCCAGUUGAGGAAAUCAAUAUUCAAGUUGAAACAACACAUGAUCCCCCUUCACUAGGAAGAGGUGAUGAUCUGGCUUCCAACCUAGAACACAGGGAUCUGAGUAGACAAGAGAUGGGCCAGGAUGAUCUGUCACAGGUUGAAACAAGGCCAGCAGUCCUCGACACCACACCACACUUUAUUCCAGAGGCCCCACCAGCAGUAGAUCCAACAGGGGCCAGUUCAGUGUCAAGUGCUGAAGAGGGAAAAUCUAGUCGACUUACCGAAGGAUCAACCGAAGGAUCAGACAGUGCCGAUCCAGACAGGACAACACAGGAUGAAGGUGAACAGGAAGUUGCCCCCAAUACACAGGAACAAGCUGCUCCCAGACAAGACCAAGGUGACGAAAUGCCUAGGGGUGUUCCCAGGGCAGAUCCUCCGGCUAAUUACAUGCCUCGUUACCCCCUCUUUGCUCUCCAGGCUAAGAGAGCAGAAAGCUUCCAAAAUGGCUGGCCAGCAUACCUUAACCAAACACCAUAUGAAAUGUCUUCGGCAGGAUUUUUCUAUUCAGGCAAUGGUGACUACUGUCGAUGCUUCUACUGUGGAGGAGGGCUACGUAACUGGGAGCCUGGUGAUGACCCUUGGGUGGAGCAUGCUCGCUGGUUCCCCCAAUGCCUGUAUGUAAAACAGAACAAGGGAGAAAGAUUUGUUCGACUUGUACUACAACGACAAGAAAAUAAUCAACAGAAUGCACCUCCUCGUCAGGAACCUGUUUUACAACCCCCACCAGCCAAUCAACAAAACCCUGCACCUGUUGAGAGAAAUCAAUUACAAGGGCAGGCAACUUCACAACCAAACCAGCAAAGUCAGCAGCGUGGAGAACAGGCAAACACAAUUCCUCCAACUAGUCAACACUUUACUUCAGUAAGGCAGGGGAACAUUGAAAUCACAGAAUCAACAGUGGAUGAGAUGAGCAUUGCUGCAGUGGAAAGUUUGAAGGUGAACGGUGUCAGCUCAAGUCGUAUACAGCAAGCACUGCAGAUAUGGAAGAGCCGACAAAAGCAAGCAUACAAGAUCUCCAAUGUCACUUCUGAACAACUGAUGCAGAUUAUAUUUGAACAAGAAGAUGAAGAAAAUCGGCGUUUAACAGAAACGAGUGAGUUUGCCUCUGCCCUGGCCAGGCAUAGUUCUGACUCUAUGAGAGGGGAGAAUUCACAUGGGUCAGGGGCACAUUUCGCAGGAAUCACCUCCGGAAAUUCUACAGGCGAUGAUCCAGAAGUGUCAGAAGUCCUGUCUCUUCAGAAUGAGAUAGAGGAGAGGAUGAAGAAACUGAUGUGUUCUGUAUGUGGAGAGAAUGAAGUGACAGUAGCUUUCUUACCUUGUGGCCAUCUAGUGUGCUGUUCUCUGUGUGCACCAGCCAUGAUCACAUGUCCAACCUGUCGGGAGCCAGUGAAGGGCAAUGUGAAGGUCUUCCUCAUGUAGACUAAUGUCUGUUAGUGUGAAAUUUUCAUUUCUUUGUUUGGUCAGAUAUUCAUUCAGAAAUGGUGUUUUUUUCAGAUGUUCUUGCAUUUAAAUGUAGGCGUGACAUUGUCUGCUACCUAGUACCAACAUACAUGUUACUAAUGUGAUCUAAUGUAAAUCAAUACUGUAUACCUGGUAUUUUUCGCCCCGGGUUAUUUUCGCCUCAGGUUAUUUUCGCCCUUGAGCAACACAAAAUAUAUACGCCCCGUUUUAAUUUCGCCCUAAACUACCUUUCAGAAAUGUCUUUUCCUCGUUCAUAAUCGGAAAAUUCCGUUCGGAAUUCUCGAUACAUUUGCACUCUGGAUUUAUCGAGUUCCCUCAUUUUCUUUUCUUUUCAUAUCCCGCUGAGGUGUGAAAUGUAAUCAGAUGUGAUAUAUACAACAAUUUCCUGUGUUCAGAUUUACUUUUAGCCUAUAUUGAUUCAAAUAGUAUCAGGUAUGCAUGGUCGGUUUUAAGCAAACACGAUGAGUGAUAAGUUCACUGUGCCGUGACUAAUUAGACUAACAUUUUAAUAUCUUUAUUGAGGUGCUGUGAGAGAGUAAUUAUCUAUAACUUUUCUGCCACAUGCAUAUCUUUCAUUUAAUGUUCAAAUCAUUCAUGUACAUUUAUCAAGUACAAAAUUAAUGUAUUCAAUUUCCUUACCUACAACCAUUCUAACACAAACUUUGAUCAUUGUAUUGCCUGCAUAGUUCAUCGGCUACAUUACUCAAAUACAAUGUAGGUCUCUAUUAAUGUUUAUCACUCUCAGAUAUUUAUGUAAUUUAUUGUCAAGAAACAAAUUAAUUAUCUUACACUUGCAAUUAAAAUUACAAUUGUAAAGGACCACUUUCUUAAAAAAAAAAAAAAAAUUAUAUAGAAAAUUUAAUGUGUUCAUUAUUAAUAAAGAUAUGUUAUAACAGUGCUUGAACUCUGAUAGUUUUAGUUAUUUUAUGUUUUGAUAGUUACCAAUCAUAUAUUAACAUCGCAUUUAUUUUCUGUUUUUUUAGGUCACCUCAGACAAAGCUAUUCAAUGUAAUAACAUGUAAUGCAUAAGCUUAACGUGUUUGUGACCGUUUAUUAUUAAAGGAGCAACACAAACCAACA